AUGCUGCUCCCGGCGGUACUAUUUCUUGCCGGAGUUAGCGUACUACAAGCCGCUGUACCAACGCUGGUCAGGCCACAUGUACUUCCGCUAGAAAAGAAGACUUCAGCAAAAGAAGAUCAUUGGCGAUCAAGUGCCAUAGAGAAAUUAUGGGAGGAGAGGGAGAGAAUGGGUCACACCCCAUUGGUGAAGUUCCAGCCUAAAGGUUUUCCCAAUGUUGACAUAUUCUUCAAAAACGAGACGGCCUCAAAAACGCAGACACUGAAGCAUCGAUUCGCUUGGGCCCUGCUAGCGUGGGCCAUUAUCGAGGGAAAAGUGCACAGCAACACCACAGUGUACGAUUCAACGUCCGGGAACACAGGAGCCAGUGAAGCGUAUAUGUGCACCCUCGUAGGGCUGCCCUACAUCGCCGU